UUCUUAUUAUCUACAGGUGAGAGGGGGGAAGGGGAUAGCCAGAGAGGAGGAUAUGGUGUCGUUGAAGCUACAGAAGAGGCUUGCUGCCAGCGUCCUAAAGUGCGGAAGGGGCAAGGUUUGGCUCGAUCCAAAUGAAGGCAAUGAGAUCUCCAUGGCCAACUCUCGUCAGAACAUCAGGAAGUUGGUCAAGGAUGGAUUCAUCAUCAGGAAGCCAACCAAGAUCCACUCACGAUCACGUGCACGUCGCAUGAAGGAAGCGAAGAGGAAAGGGCGUCAUUCAGGAUACGGUAAACGUAAGGGAACAAGGGAGGCAAGGUUGCCAACAAAGAUUCUAUGGAUGAGGAGAAUGAGGGUGUUGAGGAGGUUGCUGAGAAAGUACCGAGAGUCAAAGAAGAUUGACAAGCACAUGUACCAUGAUAUGUACAUGAAGGUGAAGGGUAAUGUCUUUAAGAACAAGCGUGUGUUGAUGGAAAGCAUUCACAAAUCAAAGGCUGAAAAGGCAAGAGAGAAGACACUCUCUGAUCAGUUUGAAGCCAAACGUGCAAAGAACAAGGCCAGCAGAGAAAGAAAGAUGGCUCGCAGGGAGGAGCGUUUGGCUCAGGGCCCACAGGAGAGAGUUCCAGCACCAGUUCCUGUUCCAGCUGCUGCAGCUCAACCUGCACAGGCAUCAAAGAAGUCGAAGAAAUGAGAUUGUUAAAGGAUGAAGAAAGUUGAUGCUUUUAGUAGUCUUGAAGUUUUGUUCUUUGACCUGUUGGCUUCUUUUAUUUUAUUUUGUUUGGUAACAGUUUUUUUAAGGAGAUUAAAACUUAUUGUUACUUGGAAGUAUUUUUAUUUUAAAGUUGCUUGUGUUA